CUUUUGGCUCAUUUAGUAUUUUGAUUCUUGUCUUGUUUUGUCUUGUCUUUAGAUACAAGAAAGGGAAGUUUAUUUGUUAAGGUAUUCUGGAGUCCGCAUCUGAAGAGUUUAAAUGAUGUCAAUUCAUCGUAUACAUUUUUUGAAAUUUGAAGUAAAGAAGAAAAGAAAUGUAAUAAAAAAAGGUGUUAAAAAAAUAUAUUCGUGUAUUUGGUUGCAGUAAGGCUCUACACAGUGGAGAAUACUUUGGAAUUGAUUUCACUUUGGGAAAACUAAUGAACCUUACAUAUAACCUAUCCAAGUAUGUCAAAAUUUCUCGGUACUUCAGUCCGGGAAUUUUCGAAACCACUCCUAAAUCCCCAAUCAUUGCUUCUGGGAUUUUGGUUUUCAUUUUCGUGCCUCGUAUCUUUCUAUGUACUCCAUACUAGGUAGGUUUGAAAUAACAUGGGCCUCAUGCUCGGCUGUUAUCUUAUGUACUGUCUGCUUUGGAAGGAUAUUGUGUUUACAAAAGUAGUAUAUGAUUGAAUCCCAUUGGCAUUCUUAUAAUUUGGUAUACCUAAUUCCAAGGCCAGUUUCGGGUUCACUCGGAACUUUGGCAACAACCAAAGGAGGUGCUGUAUUCUCCUCCAUGUUUUACUUCCGUGUAGGUAGGAGAAAGAAAGUAAAAAACCUGUAUACAUUUUAGGUUAUAAAGAAAUAACUCUAAAAGCUAAGAAUGGCAAUUAAAUGACCAGAAAAUGCAUGACAAGCGGGUGAACACCCAAGUGGAGACGCAAGCCUUACAUAGACCUGUACUCAAGGCAUAAGUCUCGGUUAUGUUUUUUAAACAAUGGAAAUUAUGGUUACAAUUCACAGGGUACCCAUAAUAUUCCCAUUGACGAUAGAUUGAGCAUGCAAUAGUGGGUACAAAAAUCGUAACGGGAAUCAAGGAAAGAAUAAUUAGCAUUGGUUAAUGACGUAAAAAAGAUCCCACUAUCUGGAUCUGUAGAAAAUGAAAAACGAUUGUGGAUGCUUUGUUGUAUUGAGACGUAAUAAAAUAAUAUAUGUUUGCUGAUAUUGGGUUGUAGAAUAAGGAGAAAUAAGCAGGAAAAGUAACAGUUUGUUAUAUAGAGAAUAAAUGAUUGAUUUUAGAGAAGGAAAAGGCUUGUGCAAUUACUAUCGAAAUAGAUGAGAUUUAUCAAGUGAUUGACAUUGCAUGAGAUAGGGAAUGCUAUAUAUGGAAAAAUUGAAUGUCCAACAUUCAAGCACAUCGCGUCGUAAUCUAAAAUGGAAUAUUUUCUUCUAUUGGUCAAUCAUUUUGUCAGAUCUGGACAAAAUAAACAUUCGCCUUCCAAUACAUGUCAACUAUUUUCCUGUUCUCAUCUCAACAGUUACCUGCAUUUAUUACCUGUAUUAACAUCGGCCGCUUAAAAGAUUUUACAUUCUUUUCAAGCUACAUGAUAUAUUUUUACCAUUCUUAUUUUCUACAUAUAGCAUCACAAUUUGUUCCUUAUAUCAUACUACAUAAACUUCACAUACAAAUAUUCUUUCACUAUUUUUACCUCUUUCCUUGCAUACCUAAACUGGAAUCCAUAGAGAAUUGACCAGCAAUAAAAGGUAUCUUCAAGCAUUUUGUUGGUAUUUUGGAUGACAUUUUUAUGGGAACAACGCCUUACAAAUUCUAAAGAUUUUAUAGGAGUUUGGAGUAGGAAUAUUUUCUUUAUCAAGUAUAUACCAUUUUUCUUUGAAUAAGGUUUAUUUAAACAAAUAUAUUGGAGUGAAAUCCUUUACUCAUCGAUAUGAAUUAAUAUAGAAGAACCAAAUGCUCAUAAGAUGAAUGUAGCAGAAAUGAAUUGUUAAAAUUUGAGAUGGAUGUGCUGCUAUACUAAAAUGAAUGAGAUUAGAAGUGAAAAGAUAUAACAACAGAGGAAGUGUCACUAGCUGAGGAUAAAUGAAGGAAUGUGACUUAGGUGGCGAGGACAUGUUUUGAAUAGACUUAAAAAAGAUCUCCUUCACAAGAGCAAUGCAGUAGAACGUGUUAGAAGAUAAAGAGAUGAACUAUCAUUGUCUAAAGUGAUUGCCGAGGAUUUUAUUGCAUAUCCCGUAGAUGUUUAUGAUGGAUCGAAUGAAUGAUUCAUUAACUAAACCUCAAUUUACUAGAAAUAAUGCUUAUUUUUUAGCUUUUUGUUGAUAUGAAUUGGUGAAUUUUAUAGCUAAUAAAUAUACUGCUGUACUCAUCCCAAUAUUGCAUCCUUUCAAUAUGUUUAAUUUAGAGAGAACCUCAAUGUAUCUUCCUUCUUAUUUAUUUAUUUAUUUUUAAUAAAACUAACUCUGAGUUUAACUUUUUUGACAUGGGAGUGCCUUGUACCUAUUUGAGCUAGUUCUCUCUAAAUGAGAUCGAACAAUUCAGUUUCAUCUUUGCUCUGAACUAAGGCAGUGCCACGGGUAGCAUGAAAAACAAUAAUGUUAAAUAUGUACUAGUUUAAACUUGAGCUAUAUAUAUUAAAAAGUAAUAGCACUAUUACAUGUUCGUAAAAUUUUGAUUCAGAUUGAGUAAAAAAUCUAGAGGAUGCUCAAUUUACAAUAAGAACAUUUCAUACCAUUGGUUAUUCAUGGAAGUGCUACUGACCAUGUAAGAGCCCCUGCUAGUGGAAAAUCAAAAUUUAAUGAGGCUACUAAAUUUACUUAUGCCAUGUCAUUGUUCAACAAUUCUAUUUAAUGAAAUGAUAUCCUUAUGUGUUAGCUUCUAAAUCAACUUGUAGGUUCAAAUGUAGAGUUAUCGUAUGUAUAGGAAUUUAUUAGUUUGCAUUACCACUACCUUCCUUCUGUUUAGGGAAUUUUUGCUUCAUUUAUAAUCUCUACAAGUUAAAGUGAUUUUUUUUUUUUUUUUUAAACACAUAAGUUUAAUUGAUUUAUAGCAAUUAAUGGACAGGAAAUAAUUGGCAAGCAACUUUUGAUGGAUUAGACAUAUAUCUGGAGGGUAUUAAGUUGCAUAUUCAAACCUUAUUAGGAUUUUUUUUCUUGGUUUAAGGAAUUGCACGUAGAUAAGUAGCUAUGAAAUAAAACAGCCAAGAUGAUUCGUCAAUAUCCUAAACUAAAUUCCAGAAAACAUUGAUUGAUUAUAUAUUAUUAAAUAAGCAUUAAUUUGCUUUACCAGUAGACAGUUGGACUGAUUGAUGGUUUCGGUUACGCACUUUCAUUUAUCCAAAAAGCCAUACAUCUUUUAUACAUCAUAAUUCAAUAUAGUUCUUGAUGUUUUUUGAGUCAUUGGAUUAAAAAAAGUUGACUUAUUCAUCACCCCACCCUGUUCACAAUGUGACCUUCCCAAUUUUACUCAUCCCUGCUUCCCUGCCCUGACCCUUGAGUUCCAUCUGAUAUGACAGCGUAAAUCAUUUUGUAUUCUCGAAUCCAAUGGUUGCCUGCCUUUGACCAGGUCCGAGCGAUAAACUUAGCUCUGCCCCUUUCCAACCUGUUAUUAACAUCAGCAAUGAACGGCUGCCUUUUCCUACUACUACUACAGAUGUAGGUUGAAGGCAUUGUUUGGUGAGUUGGGCCAACUGUAUAUUUGUAGACAUCUGGUUGGACUGGAAGAAUGUCAUUGAUCCGCAUGUUUACUGCAGAAUCAGAUUUAGCUCUGCAUAUGCCACUAUAAAUUUCGACGAGAUUCUCUAAAUCUCUUGAUAUGAUAAAUUGAUUGGGCAGGAAAAGCUGAAAAAAUUGGUAGAGAACAUUUAAUAUAUAGAAGUAUUACUGAGUACACAUGUAGAAAGAACAGUUCAGACUUCUCUUGCGGGCAGCUUGGGCAGCACUGUCAGGCUUCCUUUAGAGUUGGCUAGCCUUGGAAUCUUUCACGCUAAAUACAGAUGGAGCAUCAAACCUAACACGUUUCUGUUUGCCCUCUUAUGUUUCAACACGUCAGCACUCCAAAAAUUAUCUAUCUAUAGAUACAUCAGUUACAUAUAUAUACAAUUACAUGCGAGUGGAUGGUGUGUUAAGAUUUUUGCUUGUAUACAAGGUAGGUAGUUGGGGCUAUAUCAAUUAGGUUUUGGUAAGUUAAGUGAAAAUAGUGGAAGUAGAUCCUCGGUAUAGCAGAAUGCCAAGACCUAAUGGCGAUUAUUCACGUGAGACUAGCCAGGAGAGGAGGCGGAGAAGGAUUGAGAUAAGGCGGAACGCAGCAGUUAUGGCAGCCGGUGGUGAGUCACUGUCCUUUACUCCAGGUGUUCAUCUCAGGCAGGGAGGGCCGAAGGUUGUUAGUCACCAGGAUCCACAUCAGGGUGGUUCCAUGGAUAGAGCUGAUCUUUCUCCCAUUGUUCAUCACCGGCAGGGAAGCCAGGGUGUUGUUAUCCACCAGAACCAACGGCAGGGUGGUUCCACUGCCGGGGCUUAUCCUUUGUUUAUGACAGGUUCUUCAGAGGACGAUCCAGACGAAGUGGCAGAGAGAAACUUGAAUCUCGUGCCUGGAGUUGUGAUUCCUGUGGUUGGAGCAGUAGCAGUUGCUGGGAUGCUUCAGAGAAUGGAGGAUGCUGUGACUGUUCAGACCAACUUAUGCUCGCCAACUAUUAAUCAUCGCCAUCCUGUGCAUUUCUUUGGUGUUUUUGAUGGACAUGGAGGAGCUCAUGUGGCCAUAAUGUGCAGGGACUGGAUGCACGUGAUAUUGGAGGAAGAACUGAUGCGCUUUGAGUGCCCCAUACUACCAAGUUCAAGUGUCGCUAGCAGCUUCAGGGCACCAGCACUAGGACAACCUGAUGUUGAAUGUUUUCUUAAAGAGGCAUGGACACAGGUGUUCCAACGGUGUUUCUCAAGAACAGAGGAGUUGGCAAUGAAUAUGUGUCAAUGUGGGCGUGUGGGGUUCGAGUGCAGCUGCAACCAAAAUUGGUUUGUCUACUCAGGGUCUGCGGCAGUGGUGGUGGUUUUGACUGAUGAAUACAUUGUGGCAGCAAACUGCGGUGAUUCACGUGCCAUCCUCUGCUGCAAUGGGAGUGUAAUCCCACUCACUGUUGACCACAAGAUAUUGCAGGGUACAUCUAUGGCGGGACCAUUUAUCCUGCUGAUUCUGGUUCCGAAUCUUAAUAGACCAGAUGAACUUGCUAGGAUAGAAGCAAGUGGAGGAUGUGUUUUUGUUUUGGAUGGUGCACCACGUGUUGGAGGGAUUCUGGCUAUGUCACGAGCAAUAGGAGACGGGUAUCUAAAACCUUAUGUGAUAUCGGUGCCUGAAAUCACUUUCGUAAGGAGGACUGAGGAACAAGAUUUUUUUAUUAUUGCGAGUGAUGGCCUGUGGGAUGUAAUGUCCAGCGAGAUGACAUGUCAUGUCGUCGGAGAGUGCCUAAGAGAUGAAAGAUCUGGAGGAAAUGAAGGGCGUGGAUUACUCCCAUCCCUAUGUGCUUCAGCUGCAGGGCUACUGACUAACCUUGCCAUUGCCCGAGGAAGUGCCGACAAUAUUACUGUUGUAGUUGUUGAUUUGAAGAGGACGAUGACGGCAUGAGAGUUUGGAGAUCAUAAGCGCUAUUCACUAUAUAGGAAAGUAGGUUUUUAAGCUCAUAGAGCAAGUAGUCUGAAGACUUUGAGAUGAACGGUUCAAUAGCCUAUUAUCUAUUUUAAAUAGAAUGGAUUUGGCUGGUUAUUUUGUGGAUGAAAUCUUGAUUACCCUUUCCUUUCA